UUUAUCUGACCCGAAAGAUGACAGGAUCUCAUUUCUGUAAGUCCUGCACCACCCGGUUUGUUUUUUCUUCUUCCUGUUGUCAUGACACUGGCGUAAACUUGUGAGACUCACGUGGGGACGCUUGCAUUUUUGUCGCGUCUUGCAGACAUGGCCAGCUGUGCGCUGCUGCUGACUUUGACGUGGCGCACAUGUAGCGGAGUCCCGGUGAGCGCACCCAGCGCAGAGCAGUACGGAGACUGCUCUCUGCGCCUCCGGGACCUCCUGCGCAAUAUCUCAACGCUUCUCAGGGAUGGUGUUUUGUUUCAUGGCAUACCUCCCACAGAUACAGAUACAGUGCGGGUUAGGAGUCAAGAUGAGACAGUGCUGGCCUGCGCCCCCACUUUGACUUGGGGCUCAAGCUGCACGAUGCAAAGAAAUUCAUCUUUCAGUGAGAGCGAAUGUCUGAGCAACAUCGGGAAGGACCUGUCAUUCUAUGCUGCUGCCCUCCAGUCCUACUGCACAUUGAAUCUCAGGACACCAGUGGAAGUUUCACUUCUCAGUCCGACUCUGGAAAUAAUACAGUGGCUGUGGAAGACCUGCCCCCUAAUGCAGAAUGGAGAGAAUUACUUCUCAAAGGAUGCUGCCCAGUGGCCGUGGAAAAGUGACUCCUUUGAUAACAGGGUGGAGCUGAAAAAGAUAAUGAGGGGCUUCUAUGUCCGAACCAUCACCAUCAACCGUGCAAUGGGUUACAUCGCCUCAGGAGACCACAGGAAGUAAACAUCCUGCAACCUGAUAACCAUCAUCCCCAUCAUUCCAACCACAAUAUCUCUGCUUCAGUCAUCACAACUGAAGGAGCCUUCCUAUUUGCUGACCAAGUUAUUGCUGCAGAACAUUAUUUAUUUAUAUUUAUCCCGAUGUAUUUAUUACAUUUAUUUAUUUAUUUAUUUUAAUUGCCUAAUUAAUUGAGUUAUUUAUUGGUAUUUAGACAUCUUUUUUAAUAGUGCUGAA